CAUGCAUCUGUGUUUCUUAUCAGUUUUACAGUACUUGAUUCGUUCAUUUUACUGUCACAUUUGAGAAUCAUAAUGGUUUCAAGUCACGGUGAACAAGCUAGAAAUUGGAGAAGCUUAGAAAUAAACGGCAAUGCUUACAUGAUCCGUUCGACGACCGAGAACGAGUCGUGGAAGAUUCUGUUGACGAAUCUGACAGAAAUUUGGGUGGAGACCCUGACAGAUGAGACUAUGCUUCGCAAAUGUCAGACCUUGAACCCUCUUUUAACCCUCCAAGCAUUUGACUGGCGGGAACUGGUGGUGGACAUGUUGAACGAUGUUCCCAAACACACACGCACAUACGUAGCGGAGGCUUCUGCGUGUCGGAUAGAGCUGCAGAAGGAGAAGGACUUUAUAAAAUUGAAAUUUGCAUUGGAUCUUGUCAAAGGAACGGCCCAGCACUUUUGGGAGAACGUGACUAUGCCUGUUUGCCUGUCGUUGAUGGAGCUAAUUCGUCGGCAUGAGAUCUUGCUGGAUCUAGUCAAGCAAAAGGACGAGGAGAUUGCGGAGUACAAAGCGGAGGGGGCAGAAUUGAUUAGGAAACAUAUCGCUACCAAACCAUUCAGUGAAGAAUUGUUUCACGCUGAUGCCGCUGCACCAGGUGCCGAUUUUGCAAAAGCUUUCCAAUCUGCGUUCCAUUUUUACAAUACCAUGAACUUGUCUAGCUUACGCGUGAAGACGGAACUUAAAGUAUCUUCGAACUGUGCAAGCAGUAAUGAUGCCUCUGAGGUCGGUGGAAGCAUUUUACCUGAAUCGCCUAAGAGCGAAUCCGCACAAACGUCAAGAGAAAAUAAUUCGGGUAAACAUGAGCAGGUUUAUCCAAAAGUCGAGGAAUGUGAGGACGAAGCGGUUCCCUCAACCAGCAAAGCUCCAAUCUUGAAAUUAAGCAACACGUCUCACAAGAUACAGAAUCUGUAUUUUACAUCGUGUUCAAUCUCUCUCUGUGCGUGGCAUACGUGCAAGAUGGCGACCUACGGCCAGCAAGAUUUUAACAGGAGCGCAUUGACGCUUGAUUGUGGACGGGCCUGGUACACUGGGCAAAGAGCGGAAAAGAUACCCGGUGGGUUAGUGGGAGUCAUUGGACACGAUUGUCUCGGUCUGGAUCUUUCUUACAACGAGUUGAUCAGCAUUUCUGGCGUGAAGGAUUUCAAACGACUUCAGGAAUUGAUCUUGGAUAACAACAAACUCGGCGAUCUGAAAACUUUGCCCUGCUUGCCAACUUUAACCACUUUGAGUCUGAACAAUAAUAAGAUAUCCAACAUCGACGGAGCUCUUAACAGGAUAAAAGAGUGCUGUCCUAAUGUAGAGUAUGUGAGUCUUCUGAGUAAUCCCGGAUAUCCUGAUCAGCUAACUAAUUCGACAUCCAUCGAUGAGGAUGAUUACGAGCGCUAUAGACUCUACGCCAUUCACGUUUUGCCUCUGAGUCUCCGCUUCCUGGACUCCCGGCAAGUUACGCAGCAGGAGAGACUGAACGCUAAAGUUCGCGGCAGAUAUUCCAGGACGAUCAAGCUUCUUCCGGAACUGGUUCGUAAGUUCGUGCCAAGUUCGACGAACGCCAGCAACGAGUUCGACGACAUAUACUUCAACGUCCAUUACACGCCAUUGCCAAGUUCGCAGCGCAAUCCUCAGGAUCACAGAGGUGCGUACGGCAAGUGCAAGUAUCGAUACUCUGGCAAGAAUUCCGAAGGUAAUCGAUUCAUCUCGAACAACGAUCUUUAAUCGAGUAUUAAAACCUUUUAAAAUAUCUGCAUGGGAGCAAAAUAAUUUUUCUAGUCAGGUUUAAUACCGCCGAAGAUUAUCGAUCAGUGAUGAAAGAUUCUUUGACAAGACUCUUUUUUUUCUACAAGACAUUCAAAUCUAUGGAACGACCAUCGAUUAUACAAUAUUAGUAUUACCAUAACUGACAACAUGAUUGUGAUUGAUGUGAUCGUUGAAAAACAUCGCGUGUAAAUGUAUAAAACUUUUAUUAUCAUGUACACGACGACAUAUUAUAAAUAGAUGUCUCAUUUUCUAAGAAAUAAAAUUACAUUUCGUAACAUUAAGUAUACUGUAACUGGACUAACACAUACGUAGAGAGUAACCUGGAGACUUCUCGUCGAGAUAGAAAACGCAACGGGUAAUAAAAAUCUUCGACUUUCUACUGCUAUUGGUCCGUAAAUGCGCACGACAUCAUAAUUAUCGCAACAACACUGAAUUCAGUAUUUUGAGAACGUCGAAGAAUGCGUAUCUUUAUAUUUUAUGUAUAUAUAUAUAUAUAUAUAUAUAUAUAUACAUAAAUAUAUACAUAAAUAUAUAUAUAUAUAUAUAUACAUGUGUUAAUUAACUGAACACACGUAUCGAGACUCUGCGAAGAAUAAGCGAGUUAGAGAGAAUUCACAGAAAUCCAUUACACGAGGCCAUGAAUUUCUCACCUUCAAACUGCAGCUACAAUCGCUUACGUUUCUUUGAUUUUUAUCUUUUUUCAUUCCCAUCUAUCUUACCUGACGAGAUAAAUUAUUAAUCAAAUCAAUCGUUGUCUAUUAUCUUAAAAAACUAAAUAUUACAUAUUAAAUUCCUUAUUUCGAUUUGAAUUGCACUUUCGGUCAAUAUAUUGGGAAUGAAGAAAGAUAGUUGAAAAUUUGCAACUGUCCAGACAAUUUUCCGAAGACUUCGAAGAUCAAUUCAUGCACGCGAUCCUAACGUUUCUAACUGAAUUCUUUUAAUUCAUCCAUUUCUUGCAGGUAAGUCCCCAUUAUUCGCUCAUCACUCGAAUCUCUAUGUAACGUACGUUAAAGGCAGUUUCGUAAUAUUUUUGUUAACCCUGUUUGUAGGAAGAGCUGAUUAUUAUUACGCAACGGCUUACGAUUUUAUACUCACAAAUAAUCCGUAUAAUAAAUUCUUUAUAUACGAAUACGUCGUUUCGACUCUUCGAAUUAUCCUAAAAUACUCAAGAGUCAUACCUGCCUAUACUUGUGACAAAAUCUAACAGCGCAUUUAGCGCUAGAUGUGACUAAACGUAUUGAACAUUACAUCUAAUGUAGACAUAGAGUCAGAACAGCCACAUUUAACGCUAAACAUAAAUGAAAAACGAAUCACCGCGAAUAACUACCUUGUAAACUCGUUAAACUUAUUGCACCGUAGAUAUUUUUGCGGGUCUUCCACGAUCGCCUUGGAAUUCUCGAAAGAUAUAUAGCUUCUAUAUUUUUGGAUAGUAGCUACGGGAAUGGCGACCUGUUUUUCAGGAAUCUCAACGGCGAUGAUUCCGACUCGAUUAAGUAUGUAUACGUAUAUAAAUAUAACAUCUACAAGAGAGAGAUAAUGUAUAGUUUUUUUUUUUUCAAUUGAACGAAAGGAAGCGGUCAUAUUUAAAUCCCUUAAAUACGCCGUUCCUUCGCACAUCCUUUUCUAUUGUACACACUGGAAGCAUCUUUCUCUCCAAGAAAGGAAAGUGUUCACAACAUCCUUCCAACGUUCCAAACGCUGAGAUUGAGUUAUUAGUACUUUAUGUUACGAAGAAAGAAGAGCAAAAUGAAAGGAAAAAGCAUAUUUAUAAUAUAAUGAAGAUUCGAGUUCUUUUUGUGGUAUAAGAUGGUUACUUUGCUGCGCAAAAUUUUAUUUUAUUAUUUAAAAUUGUGUUCAGCAAAAAAUGCUUGUCAGAGAAAGAACGCGAUCUUCUGUACGAUGUUACUCUAAUAUUAAAACUAAGAAGUCUUAAAAUUUAAAAAUACAACUUCUUUGUUCAUUUGCUUUUUACAAUUUCUUAAAUAUACUCAAUGAAGAAAUAGGAGGAUAUAGAUUUAUCUGUUCUAGUACUUACAAUAUUUUGUGUUGGCUGUUGGUUUAUUAUAUAUCGCAAUUUUGUAAAGUAUAAAGAAUAUUUUUAUGCCAACAGAUUAAUUUUCGAAUUUGUUUUUCCCUGAGGAAGGAUAUUAAAAUUCCAAAGUACCUCGUGUAUUUUUUUCAACGUUUGGAACUUGGCAAGAACUUUGCUAUUUCUAACUUGUUAUUCGCAAAUAGCGAAUAAGUAAUACAUAUACUCAUGUAUAUGAAUGCACUGAUAAUCGUCAGUUGUUUGGACGGAUGCAUUUUGCUUAUCCAGUUUUGGCUGCUUUAAAGAUCUAACAAUAUUUCGUUAUGAAUGUCGUCGAUGUAUUACAAUAUUGCACGAAUUUUUGUUGCCUGCACAGCUUGCAUGAGAGCUUCCG